AAGAAACAAAGGGCAUCAUGGAGACUGCAUUCCUGGCACUGCAUUCUAGAAGAUGUUUUAAUUGAAGGACGACUAGUAUUCCAAUUGCUCACAAUGGUGAAGAUUUGUAAUAUGAUAUUUGCUGGCAAAGUAACAUUUACCUGAGUUUUUUAAUCAAGUCAACAGAGAUGCUAUCAGGAGGAUUAAGUGACAGGGCUGCUCAGAAUAGGUACCUGGGUGACAGCACCAAUGCUGAAAAUCCUUUAUUCCUCUGUCGAAUAGCUAGCUGUCAGUAAGGAAGGCUGCAUUGCAAGCUACCUACUGAUAUGACUCAGCCAAACGUGCUGUCAACAUUUUCUGCAGGAUAUUCCAUAGGACGGAUUUUUGUGGUGACAACUGUGGCCAUUGCCCCUUAGUUUAUCAAGUGUGAUAAUGUGGACCAGUACAGAAAGCACUGACUGGAAGGAAUGGAGCUCCUUUGUCCCAACAGCUUGUUAUGAUAUCGAUAAAAUACAGAAAAAGUGAACUUGAGCUUGAUGGUGCUAAAGAAAUUGAAGGCUUAUUAGAGGUACAUACUUCAUUUCUGAAGAUUAAGAUGGCUGAAGGGGGUAGCCAUUGAGAUAAAAAGGCAUCUUUGAAAAAGCCUUGUUUUUUGUGCAGCAGCACCCAGUCAACUUGAAGAGUCUCAAAUGGAGCCUACCCUGAGAGACCAAGAUGAAGUUCACUUUGGAUUGACAGUUUAAGGAAAAUGGAUUAAUGCAAGUGUGCUGUGAUAUAUUCAACCAAGACAGGGGUGUUUUAACAUGGAUUCCAUGCAGUCAGUGAAGAUCUAGGUUUCUGAUCAUCUCAGAAAAAUGGACAAUGGAUUUUGAUAUUCUUCUGACUUUUGUAUCAUUCAAGGCCAAGUAAAUUCUGGACAUUUUUGAGAAAAAUUAUUAAAAACAACUAGAAACUAGAAGAGAUAAAUUAUUUUUGAUAAGUCACUUGAUUGUAUAAAGAAUGUAUUUGUGUAUUAAUUUUAAUAAAAUUUAUAAUAUUUCUACACUUUCCUAAGUUUAUUUUUUGACUGAAGAAUUACCAUUUUAGUUAAGGGGAAAAGUUUUCCAUGAUGACUACAAUAGUUGUACAGGGUAGUAACUAAAGCUGAUAAAAAUUAAAAUUUGCAUAAUCUUAAAUAUUUUAUUUGAAAUGAGAGUGGGCUGGUUUUCUUCUGAUCACUUGGGCUACAAAUCCAUCAUGAUAACAUUUUGUGUUGAAAGUAAUUUAUUUUUUAAAUGAUACUCACCUUUGAUAUUUUGGGAAUAGUUUUUGAAUAAGUUGCUAUUCAGCAUUUGCCCCCAAAUAACCGGUAAAACCAAAAGGCUUAAUGAGAUAAAAACUUGUACAUACUUGAAUACAUAAUCUAAUAGAUUAUUAAAUUUGGUCAGAAAUAUAGAGUGAAUUGUGUAACAAAUUAUUCUAAACUAUUUUGUUUUGAUUACAUAGCAUUUCUCAUAUAUUUAUAAUUGACAAAAUUAUAUAUACUUUUUAUGUUUUGGGGUUAGAAAGUUGAGUAUUGUAAUUAAAAUGAUGAGUCUAUUGUGUCUGUACUUUAUGUUGAGGAAAAAGGCAGGGACUAGGUUUGAAGGAAGCAAGCAGUUCCUAAGCCAUACAUUUAUUAAAAAGUUGGUAAUACCCAUUUGUAAUAUUAUUUGACUAUCAAAAAAAAGUAAUAGUGUUUGUUUAACCUAUGCUUGUAUUAUAAAUUGUACAAGCCAUUUUUUUAAAAAUUGAGAUUUAAUGAACUGUUUGCUUCACAGAUUUAAUACAUGUCCAAUUUAAAAUUCUUGUAGUCCAGAUAUUUGAGAUUUGUAUAUAUAUAACCAAUAAGAAAUGAAUGAGAGUUAAUUUUUAACAACCAGUGUAUAAAUGGUGUAUUCUUUAGAUGUGAUAUAAUGUGAUAGCCUUUAAAAGGUGGAAUGAGUUUUUAAGAUUUCUAUUGCUGUCAGAGGUUAUCCUAAACAAGUGCAUUGAUAAAUUUGGUUCUUAUUUGGUUAUAAUGAUUAUUAGGUAAUAUUUAAUUAUUCACUAAUUUAUAUAGUGUAGGUCUGGCAUGUUCUUUGGUGAUUGAGGUAGUUGGUCUUAGUAGAUUUGGUGUAUUUCUAUUUUGUUUGAAAUUACUAAUGCUGUGUUUUUGAAGUGUGUUACCUUGGUAUGGAUUCUUGAUUUUGAUUUUUUUUUUUUAAUGUAGGCCUGAUUCAAAUUUUAGUGUUUUUUCUUGGAUGUCUAAAAUUGAAUUCUUUCAGUAAUGGGGGGGGGGUAGUUCCCUACUUUGAGAGAUUACUUUUGAAUGAGGAUUGCUUUUUUUUGUUUUCUAUUUUUAGUUUUGUUUUUGCUUGCUUUUGAAGUAUUUGAUGAAGUAAAAGGUGGUUUGGUUACAUGAGGUUUGACUUGAGAAAUUAUUUUUUCUCUUUAUAAUUUAGAAGGCAUAGUUUUGGUUCUCUAUAUUCUCCCUUCCCUACUGCCAACAAAUACCAUAAGUUGGUUGAAACUGGUAUUAACUAAACUUAGCCCUACUUGGAUUUUGCUUUUCCUUUGAGAGAAUGGUUGUUAAUACAUCAUGUGUGGACUUGGGGAAAAUUUUGGGUGCAUAAGCCCUUGUCUCUUUGGUAACAUGGCUGUUCCAGGAUACUAGAUUCUGGAAUUUGCCUCAAUAUUUGUGUAUCAUUGUUUGAAGUAAUUCUGUUGUUGUGGUUCUUUGUUUUUAUAUUUAUAACAUUUAUAAGGCUAUACAAUGGGUUAAAGAAUUUUGUGAAAAUAAAACUUAGAGAAAUUGUCAGUUGGUUUAACAAAAAUCAGUUGGCUUUGAAUUUUGCCCUUAUGGAACUGGACACUAGGGAGGCGCUCUUGAGUUGUAAAAAAUUAGCCCAUUUUGCCUUGUAGAGUGGAAAAAUAUUUUUAAAUGGUCUUAAUUCCUGGAAUUUUAGACAUUAUUUCACAAAGCUUGGUUACUAAGGAUACUAAACUUUUGAUUUUAUUUACAAAUCUUGUUACUGGGGUGGGGUCCUUUUUGUUUUUUUAACAAGAUUAGCCAUUAUUUAAUCAAUGGCUGUGUCUAAGAAUUGCCCCUCUUUCAAAAUGGCUUGAUAAAGCACCACUUCCUGUCCAGAAAGGAAGUAAUUUUAGCUCUAGGACUGAAAUAUUUAGUAGAUCUUUAAACAAAAGGAACAAAUUACAUUUUUGUCUGGCUUGAAAAGGGUGCUUGAACCAGAGGGGGUUAAGAUGCCCUCCCUCCUCCCUGUGGGGGUGAUUUGAAGAAGCCAGAGGGUGUGUAUGGGUGUGUGUGUGUGGGGUCCUUAGGCUCCCUUCUUAGAUGGAGGCUUUCUUUUUUUUUUUUUUUAGUAGGAAUGAAGGGGUGGGUCUAUGGUACAUCACCUGAGUUGUGGGGUAAAUGUAGAGAGUGUCAAUCAAAGGCAGAGCUCUCAGAGCUGGGAAGGAGGCUCUAGAUGGCGGCUGUGCCUUAGAGAGCGCGCUCAGCUCAGCUCCCUGCCUUCUCCACACUUUACGCAACUUUCUCUAACUUUCGGGCAGCCUCAGGGGGCCCCCGCAGCCCCCUUCCUCUCCUGGUGACCUGGUGGGGUAGAUUCGAGCCAUUUUUAGGGAGAAAAGCAGCUCUUGGGGGGUAUUUUUUCGUGCCUUGUUGGAAAGAAGAAGCCCGUACUGAGAGCCAGGUCGUUGUUUUUUCCAGCUUAGAAGCCAUGGCGCACCUCCAUUUUUGUGCGCUCUCCUAAUGAGCUUUUUCCCCCGGACCUUUUUGUAUUAAUUAUCGCUUAUUUUUUUUAAACAAUAACCCUUUUUGGAUAGUUUUUAUUUAUUUUUUGUUCUUAAGUGAACAUUUAACGUUUAUUUUUUAAUUAUUCGGGAAUCUAAUGUUUUUCUACUACUAGAUACUCUCGGUUUGGACCUGCUUCAUGGAUCAGUAAAUACCUGAGCACAAGACUUCAAAGCAAACACAGAUUCACCUCCCCCCUUUUAAUAUUUAAGAAUUAAAAGAUGAUGAGAAAUAAGGACAAAAGCCAAGAAGAGGACGGUUCAGUACACAGCAAUGCAUCGAGUCAUUCAGCAUCCGAAGAAGCAUCAGGCUCAGACUCAGCUAGUCAGUCUGAAAGUGAGCCAGGCAGUGAGCCAGGCAGUGGCCAUGGCAGUGAAUCAAACAGCAGUUCUGAAUCUUCAGAGAGUCAGACUGAGUCUGAAAGUGAAUCAGCAGGUUCCAAAUCCCAGCAAACCCCACCAGAAGCCAAAGAAAAGCCAGCCUCUAAGAAGGAACGUAUAGCUGAUGUUAAAAAGAUGUGGGAAGAGUAUCCUGAUGUGUAUGGAGUUAGGAGGUCAAAUCGAAGUCGACAAGAACCAUCUAGAUUUAAUAUUAAAGAAGAGGCAAGUAGUGGUUCUGAGUGUGGGAGCCCAAAAAGAAGAGGCCAGAGGAUACUGAAAAAACAAGAAAAAUGGAAAAAGGAGGUUUCUGAGGAAGAGGAUGAGGAAGAUGACCAAGAACAAGGUACUAGUGCAGAGAGUGAACCAGAACAAAAAAAAGUGAAAGCCAGACGCCCUGUCUUGAGGAGAACAGUGCCUAAAACCAGUGUUAAAAAGCAGCAGAAGCCACAGCGAGGAAAAAGAAGAAAGAAACAGGAUUCUUCUGAUGAUGAUGAUGAUGACGAUGAUGAUGAGACUCCAAAAAGACAAACUCGUCGCAGAGCUGCCAAAAAUGUCAGUUAUAAAGAAGAUGAUGAUUUUGAAACUGACUCAGAUGAUCUCAUUGAAAUGACUGGAGAAGGAAUUGAAGAACAACAUGAUAAUAGUGAGACAAUUGAAAAGGUCAUGGAUGCAAGACUUGGAAAAAAAGGUGCCACUGGAGCAUCUACUACUGUUUAUGCAACUGAAGCUAAUGGCAACCCCAGUGCUGACUUUGACCCUGAAAAGGACGAGGGAGAAGCUCAAUAUCUGAUUAAAUGGAAAGGCUGGUCCUAUAUCCACAGCACAUGGGAGAGUGAGGAAUCCCUACAACAACAGAAAGUGAAGGGGAUGAAAAAACUGGAAAACUUUAAGAAAAAAGAGGAUGAAAUCAAACAAUGGUUAGGGAAAGUUUCACCAGAAGAUGUGGAAUACUUCAACUGCCAACAAGAGUUAGCCUCUGAGCUGAACAAACAAUAUCAGAUAGUGGAGAGAGUGAUAGCUGUGAAGACUAGUAAAUCAGCAUCUUGUCAUACAGAAUUUCCAGCUCACAGUCGGAAAUCAUCAUCAAAUGAACCUGAGUAUCUAUGCAAAUGGAUGGGACUACCAUAUGCAGAAUGUAGUUGGGAAGAUGAAGCUCUGAUUGGGAAGAAAUUCCGUAGCUGUAUUGACAGCUUCCACAAUAGGAACAAUUCAAAAACCAUUCCCACAAGAGACUGCAAGGUCCUGAAGCAGAGACCAAGGUUUGUUGCUUUAAAAAAACAACCAGCAUACAUAGGUGGAGAGAACCUGGAGCUCCGAGAUUAUCAGUUAGAAGGCCUUAAUUGGCUUGCUCACUCCUGGUGCAAGAGUAACAGUGUGAUUCUUGCUGAUGAAAUGGGCCUAGGAAAAACUAUCCAGACCAUAUCAUUCCUCUCCUAUUUGUUCCAUCAACACCAGCUAUUUGGCCCUUUUCUUGUAGUGGUGCCUUUAUCUACUCUCACUUCAUGGCAAAGGGAGUUUGAAAUCUGGGCACCAGAAAUCAAUGUAGUGGUUUACAUAGGAGAUCUGAUGAGCAGAAACACGAUACGGGAAUAUGAAUGGAUUCAUUCUCAAACCAAGAGACUGAAAUUUAAUGCACUCAUAACAACAUAUGAGAUCCUUCUGAAAGAUAAGACUGUGCUGGGCAGUAUUAACUGGGCCUUUUUGGGAGUGGAUGAAGCUCAUCGUUUGAAGAAUGAUGACUCUUUAUUAUAUAAAACUCUGAUUGAUUUCAAGUCCAACCAUAGGCUCCUGAUUACUGGGACCCCUCUUCAGAAUUCCCUCAAAGAACUUUGGUCCUUGCUGCACUUUAUCAUGCCAGAGAAGUUUGAAUUCUGGGAAGAUUUUGAAGAUGACCAUGGAAAGGGGAGAGAGAAUGGUUACCAGAGUCUUCAUAAGGUUCUAGAGCCUUUCCUUCUUCGAAGAGUCAAAAAGGAUGUGGAAAAAUCCCUUCCAGCCAAAGUGGAACAGAUUCUUAGGGUGGAGAUGUCUGUUCUUCAGAAGCAGUAUUAUAAGUGGAUUUUGACCAGAAAUUACAAGGCCCUCUCCAAAGGGACAAGAGGCAGCACAUCUGGUUUCCUCAAUAUUGUGAUGGAACUGAAAAAAUGCUGUAACCAUUGCUACCUGAUUAAGCCUCCUGAAGAGAAUGAACGUGAAAAUGGUCAAGAAAUUCUGCUGUCCCUGAUCAGGAGCAGUGGGAAGCUGAUCCUCUUAGACAAACUAUUAACAAGACUUCGAGAGAGAGGGAACAGAGUUCUGAUCUUCUCCCAGAUGGUGAGGAUGUUGGAUAUCCUGGCUGAAUACCUGACUAUUAAGCAUUAUCCUUUCCAGCGUCUGGAUGGUUCAAUUAAGGGAGAAAUCCGAAAGCAGGCACUGGACCACUUCAAUGCAGAUGGAUCUGAGGACUUCUGCUUUCUGCUCUCAACACGGGCGGGUGGCCUAGGAAUCAACUUGGCUUCAGCGGACACUGUAGUCAUCUUCGACUCUGACUGGAACCCCCAGAAUGACUUACAAGCACAAGCCCGAGCACAUAGGAUUGGACAGAAGAAACAGGUAAACAUUUACCGCUUGGUUACAAAGGGGACUGUAGAGGAGGAAAUCAUUGAAAGAGCCAAAAAGAAGAUGGUGUUGGAUCACUUAGUGAUUCAGCGUAUGGAUACCACAGGCCGGACUGUCUUAGAUAACAACUCAGGAAGGUCAAAUUCUAAUCCUUUCAACAAAGAAGAACUGACAGCUAUUUUGAAAUUUGGAGCAGAGGAUCUCUUCAAAGAACUGGAAGGAGAAGAGUCAGAGCCUCAGGAAAUGGACAUAGAUGAAAUUUUACGAUUGGCUGAAACCAGAGAAAAUGAAGUGUCAACAAGUGCAACAGAUGAACUUCUGUCACAGUUCAAGGUGGCCAAUUUUGCUACCAUGGAAGAUGAAGAAACUGAGUUGGAAGAACGAUCACAUAAGGAUUGGGAUGAGAUUAUUCCAGAGGAUCAGAGAAAGAAAGUAGAAGAGGAGGAACGACAGAAAGAGCUAGAAGAAAUUUAUAUGCUACCCCGGAUUCGGAGCUCCACGAAAAAGGCUCAGGCUAAUGAUAGUGACUCAGAUAUUGAAUCCAAAAGAAGGGCCCAGAGGUCCUCUGGUUCAGAGAGUGAGACAGAUGAUUCUGAUGAUGAUAAGAGGCCCAAGCGCAGAGGACGUCCUCGGAGUGUCAGAAAAGACCUUGUGGAGGGAUUUACAGAUGCUGAGAUUCGAAGGUUCAUCAAAGCUUAUAAGAAAUUUGGGCUUCCCCUUGAACGUCUGGAGUGCAUUGCUCGGGAUGCAGAGCUGGUAGAUAAGUCUGUAGCAGAUUUGAAGCGAUUGGGAGAACUGAUUCACAACAGCUGUGUGUCAGCAAUGCAAGAAUAUGAGGAACAGCUGAAAGAAAAUGCCAGCGAAGGAAAAGGACCAGGGAAACGAAGAGGUCCUACUAUCAAGAUUUCUGGAGUUCAAGUCAAUGUUAAAUCUAUUAUUCAGCAUGAAGAAGAGUUUGAGAUGUUGCACAAAUCUAUACCUGUGGACCCUGAGGAAAAAAAAAAAUACUGCUUAACCUGCCGCGUCAAAGCUGCACAUUUUGAUGUAGAUUGGGGAGUGGAGGAUGAUUCUCGUUUGCUGUUGGGGAUUUAUGAACAUGGCUAUGGCAACUGGGAGUUAAUUAAAACAGAUCCAGAGCUUAAAUUAACUGACAAAAUAUUGCCUGUUGAGACGGAUAAAAAACCUCAGGGAAAGCAGCUGCAAACUCGAGCUGACUACUUGUUAAAGCUGCUGAAGAAAGAUUUGGAAAAAAAAGAGUUGAUUAAAGAAGGUGAAGAGACCAAAUUAAAGAAGCGAAAGUCCCGUGUGAAGAAGGAAAACAAGGCUCCUAGAGUGAAAGAUGAGCAUGGAAAUGAAUUCUCAUCCCCUAGGCAUUCAGACAAUCCAUCAGAAGAGGGGGAAGUCAAGGAUGAUGGCUUGGAAAAAAGCCCCAUGAAAAAAAAGCAGAAGAAAAAAGAAAAUAAAGAGAACAAGGAAAAACAGAUGGGUUCUAAGAAAGAAAAAGAAGGUGAUAAGGAAAGAAAGAAGUCAAAGGAUAAGAAAGAAAAGCCUAAAGCAGGUGAUGCCAAAGCUGGAAAUAAAUCAAAAAGAGCUCAAGGUCCUGUCCAUAUUACUGCAGGAAGUGAACCAAUCCCCAUUGGAGAAGAUGAGGAUGAUGAACUAGAUCAGGAAACUUUCAGCAUAUGCAAAGAGAGGAUGAGGCCAGUGAAAAAGGCUUUGAAGCAGCUGGAUAAACCAGACAAGGGACUCACUGUGCAGGAACAGCUAGAGCACACCCGAAACUGCCUCCUGAAGAUUGGAGACCGAAUAUCAGAGUGCCUUAAAGCCUACUCUGAUCAGGAGCACAUCAAACUGUGGAGGAGGAACCUGUGGAUUUUUGUAUCCAAGUUUACAGAAUUUGAUGCACGGAAACUACACAAAUUAUACAAAAUGGCUCAUAAGAAAAGAUCUCAGGAGGAGGAGGAGCAAAAGAAGAAAGAUGAUAUGUCUGGAAGUAAAAAACCAUUUCGUCCAGAACCUUCAGGCUCGAGCCGAGAUUCUUUGAUGUCUCAAUCUCAUACUCCUCAUAACCUUCACUCUCAGAAGCUGCAUUUGCCUCCUGCCCAUGGACCACAGAUGCAUGGGCACCAGCGAGAUAACUAUGGCCACCCCAACAAGAGACAUUUCAGUAAUGCAGACAGAGGAGACUGGCAAAGAGAGAGAAAAUUCAAUUAUGGUGGCAACAGCAACCAGCUCUGGGGUGGAGAUCGGCAUCAUCAGUAUGAGCAGCACUGGUAUAAGGAUCACCACUAUGGGGACAGGCGCUCUCAUGGUGAACCUCAUCGUUCUGGUAAUUACCGUCCAAACAACCUGUCACGCAAGAGGCCAUAUGACCCAUAUAGCAGUGAUCGAGACCAUCGGGGACACAGAGAUUAUUAUGACAGACAUCAUCAUGACUCAAAACGACGAAGAUCUGAUGAGUUCAGGCCUCAAAAUUACCACCAGCAAGAUUUCCGGAGAAUGUCUGAUCAUCGUCCCCCUAUGGGUUACCAUGGCCAGGGACCUUCAGAUCAUUACAGAUCUUUCCACACAGACAAAUCGGGAGACUACAAACAGCCACUACCCCCUCCACACCCUGUGGUCACAGACCCUCGAUCACCACCUUCUCAGAAAUCUCCUCAUGAUUCAAAGUCCCCCUUGGAUCACAGAUCUCCCUUAGAUAGGUCACUAGAACAAAAAAACAACCCAGAUUAUAACUGGAAUGUUCGGAAAACAUAAAUCCAAGGUCAAAAAGGAGAACAAGAGUGAGCAAGCAUCUGAUGAUUUUUUGGUCUGAUCCAAAAGGGAACCAGUUAUCAAAAUGAAUAACUGGAGACUCCGAACAUGCUGCUGCUGCCACCUCACUGGCUGAAGGAGGACUUCAGGGAGUGGGGAGGGCUUCUCCUACAUGUUAGUUCUGGUCAAGAUUUGAUUUUGGUUACCACCCUUACACUCCUGCCAUAGUUUCCAUUUUCAUUCUUUUUGCAGUCCUCCCAUGCUGCCAGAAGGAAAGAGGUGUCAUUAUUAUCUAUGGGCUUUUGUGGGGUUAUUACCCCUCUUUGAAGGAAGAACAAGAAUUGGUUGGAUUUGUAACUUUUUUUUCUUCCCUUUUUUGGUGGUUGUUUUUUACAACUAGGUGCAGUAUUUCCUUACUCUGAUUUGGUCAGGGGAGGGAAUGAAUGAUUGCUGCUUAGGAAUUAAUGAACAGUGCUUGAUUUGAUUCACUAUUAUAUGAUGGAUGCUGCUGAUGGGGAAAAAAACAAGUCUGAUUUCAUUCUGGAAUGAUAGUAUUUGAAGGUGAGCAGAUAAGCCCUUCAAAUGACUAAAUGAGCUCUCAACAUGUCCUUAGCAGAAAUGUAGGAGCAAUAGAUUUCAGUGUGGCCCACCCAGGAAGGGAGGGUAAGAGCUGAGGGUAGUGGCGCUGGUGCAGCUCUCUCUAUCCAUUCUACACUAAUUUUCCCACAUUGUCUUUGUACAUUUCAAAGGUUUGGUUUCCUGUAGUCCUGUUGUUUAUCUCCAGCGUGGGGAAAACUGGCUACUGUGGCUGAACUUCAGUGCUGUGACAUUGGAAUUAACUUGGAUUUUAUUUUUUGAAGGGGGGAGGGAAGUAAGAGGGAAGGCAAAGGACAGAAAUUUUGAAUCCCUAAUGAGGUGUCUGAUUCACCCAGUAAAAUGACUCAUUGAACAUUUGGUGCUAGCUAGCAUAUGAGGCUGGGCUGUAGAUUCUGAAUGGGCUUCACAUUGUGAGGUACUUAGCAGUGCUAAUAAAUGAGAGAGGCUUUCAGUAUUUUAAUAGACUGACAUCUGUAUUUAGAUUUUGAUUCCUUUUGCACAUAUUAAAAGAGGUGGAACUCACAAAGAAUCAUAUCUACUAAUAACCAGCUGGUCAGAUAAAGAUAGGGGUUAGCUGCAGGCUGGCUUGAUAUCAUUGCAGUUGUGUUUUAGUUGCAUUCAGGAUAAUAGCAGAAGAUACCCAUUGGGAUUUAUAGCUAAUAAAGAAGGCAUUUGGAAAAAAGGAACCAGAUAAAUUUAAUUCAGAAAGUUGAAUUGAAUCACAAUGGUAAGAGAGGGGGAAAAUUGGUGUGGUAGAGGGACAAAAUGUUAUGCCCACCUUGGAAAGGCUAGGGCUAUCCUUUUUAUUCAUUUUAAGCCCUAGUUCAUCAGUAUUCUUAAAUAUGCUAGUGUCCAAAGUCAUAACUAGUUGAAGAGAGGAUAUUUGACUAGAAUACGCAAUGAAACUUGGUAAUAAUAAAUUCAAGCCUAUCAGAUGUAAAGAACCAAGAUCAGAAGUAGUACAUAUAAGUAUGAUUAUUUGGGCUCCUGUUCUUUUGGGAUACUCUAGGAGUUUAAGUUCCUUGAAAUGCCUUGUGGAUCUCUUGAGAAAAAUAGCAUCACUUAUUUGCCAUGCUUAUGGGCAACUAUUAAAGACACUCCCAAGAAAUGCCUCCAUUGUUUAAUGCCACUUAAGCAGAAAUGGUUUUGUGGUCCAUUGCUCCAUGCUAAGCAUAUUGUGGAAACAGUGACCCAGGUCAUCAUGGAAGGCACAGAUAAUUCAGAAGCUUCUACAGUUAGCUAUGCAGCAAUUUUUGGUGGGCACCUUUUCUUUUUUAAUUUUUUUUCCCCUUAUGGUGCUUUUGGCUCUUUAGCUUGGACUUUUCUAGUGGAAGCAUUGGGGCCAAGCAUCCAACGGUAUCAUAUUGCACAUGUCAGAAAUAAUCCUAUUAAGGAUUCAGAGCAGAUAUAACUGAGAAAAUUGGGAAAUGUUCUGUCCUUUAUAUCAGCCACAAAGUGCUGUGGAAACAAAAAACUUUAGCUUUGCUAAUAGUUUUGGCACCAUCCACAUGUUUGUCUUGUUCAAGGCAAACCAGAAAGUGUUAAGGAAGCUCCUUUUAAUCUCAGCUGAUAGAAUGGUGGGCUGGUGAGGGAUUGAGCCCUGGUGUAUUUUUCCUCUUUGGGAAUUCAGAUUAUGGGUUUUCCUACAGCUUUCAGUAGUCUUUAAUGAAGGUAUGGGUGGAUAGUUGGAGAAUAUACUUUUUGAUAUUCACCAAUAUUUGAUUUCAUUGAACUAGUUAGGCAAGGAAUGUUAUGCACAAAGAUGUCUCAUCAUGACGAAAAAACAACUUCACAUUUUUCACAUUCAUGAAAUGUUUUUGUCAAGAUUUUUAGUGCCAUAAAAUGUAGCAAAAGGCAAUACUGGCCAGAUCAGUGUUAAAUCGAUUGUGUAAACUACAGUAUCCCAAAUACACUUAUACAUGUUUGGCAUCUGAACUAUGUCCAAGAGGGGGUAAGGAGAAAGGUGUUUCCUUCUUCAAAAUCAAAAUCAUUGUGACAAAAUGGUCUUUUUAAAGAAAACAAAAAGAAAUAAUGCAUGGAUGGAAGUUAUGUCUCUGGAGAAAAGAAGAAUUGCCAUGGGAACCUCAGGAGUUCUCAGCACUCCAAAUUAGAGAGAUGUGGAGAGAUUUCUUUGGCAGUGAUGCUAGAGAGAAAGAAAGGUAGUGUCACACCCAUUUAAAAACAGUAUUUGAAUGUAAACAGAAAGUAAUAGUAGCUGAAAUGAUACAGCCUUCAGUGAUAACGUAAAACAAAAACUAAACUUUUAAAGCAUUUGAAGUUCCAAAGGGGAAAUAGCUGAGCACUCUGUGGGGAUUGAUGGCAAUAUCUUUCUGCUCUUCCUUCCUCCUACCUUCCAUAUUUCCACCUUACCCUCUAAUCAGUCAUUCCUUAAGCCUUUUAAUGGGAAAAGUGAAAACUUCUCACCUCUUGCUGCAUUUUAAAGUUAAGUACAUUCUAGCCUGAUGUCUGAAAUUUUGCAUCAGGAAGUGUGGUGCAAACCUGAUUCAGUUAUGAAUUUACACUAUGACCCGGAAAUUCUACAGACCAAAACCUAUGGUCAACAGGAAUUGUUGAUCCAGUGCCCAGUACACGUGGAGCUUCUGACUGUCUGAGAUCUUACCGUGAUCGAGGUAGGAGAUCCGUGCCAACGAUCCAGACGGCUGUAGUCCAUUUGCCCCCAGUAGUGUGGGGACAGACAGUUUCUCUUUCUUGUAAAAUUGUGGACUUUUAAGACCUGUUAACUAAAACAGUAAUUAAUAUUAAUUUAUAUUUGUGAAAAAUGCCACUGUCCUAGUGAUUUCUGAUGUAAAUAUGUUGUUUAUAUAGUAUGUAUUAAAUUUUCCUACAUUGUAAAACUGCUGUACUUUUGAUUCUUGUAUAUUAAAAAGUGUUACUAAGGAUUUUCAGAAUUGGGCUAGCCUACAUUGUACUG